CGAAAAUUUUCAUUUAAUUCUGUUAAUCAGCGACAAAUUUAAAUACAAGAUAAACGCAGAAUGUCAGCCAAGCAAAAUUCGAAAAAGUUUAAGUGGGCGUUGGACUUCAACGUUAGCAAAAACGCUGAUAUUCCCUCUCCGCUGGGUUACAAUCCCUCUGCCCUGGUAAACCAAAGCGAAGUGGUUCGCGACCAGCGCCUAGUGAUCAAGAAAUCCUGGGACCUCGCCUUAGGACCUCUUAAGAACAUACCCAUGAACCUGUUCAUCAUGUACAUGUCGGGCAACUCGAUCUCCAUUUUCCCCAUCAUGAUGGUCGGCAUGAUGCUAAUUCGGCCCAUCAAGGCAAUCUUCACUACCCAGGUGACGUCGAAAAUGGCCGAGGGCGCCCAAGGAACUGGCCAGCGCAUCGUCUAUUUCCUGGGCAACCUGGCUAACGUGGCCAUGGCUCUUUACAAAUGCCACAGCAUGGGCUUAUUGCCCACCCACGCCUCCGACUGGCUCGCCUUCGUUCAGCCGCAAACGCGCCUGGAGUAUUAUGGCGGGGGAGUGUCCUUUGUCUAGGCUUACACAUGUAACAUCGCUUUAUUUGAUAAUAGAUAAAUUUGUUUAACAUCAAAACGAGAA